UUGGAUCCUUUAGAACGUUGCACGGCAGAUAGCAAGAAGAUACUCUCCGUCGGUACUUUUGGUCAUUUACUGGUUACGCACGCGCCACUUCUCCCCAGUUCCUUUCCCGAUGUAGGGAAAAUUCGAUCUAAAUGGGCGCGGAUUUCUGAACCGAACCGCGACGUAGCAAUUGAGAAACCGAUACGGUUUGUGGCUGGUUUACCAUGUGCAGUGAAAUUUGUCGCCUCUCUUCACAAUCUCACCGAAAAUGACUUGCGCAAUCUGCGAGUACAGGUAGACUACCCUAAUAACACACGCGACUAUUUCCGACCUCUAGCUACAGACAUUUCAAAGGAAGGAGACCGCGUAUCGUCUUUGGUGCUGAUCUCAUCUUCAGAAGCAUGGAGUGAUGCAGCUGAUGUGACCUUAACCCUUGUUUUGCUCUCUGACUCAUCUCAAAAGGCUGUUUCGGGUAAGUUUUCACUUUUUUAUCAAUGCUCGCAUUUUUAA